AUGUGGUCGUUCCUAUUUCUAAUUGCGAUUUUCCAUUCAAAUCAAGCGUUUUCAAUUUGCUCGAAAAACAUUAGCAUUUGGGAGAAGAAUGAGCCGAAACCGCACAUUUUUCUUCUUCGCGACUAUUUUACGAAUCUCUCGGCGAAUUCGCUGCGAGAAAUUCGAUGCUUAUUGGAAUAUAAUUAUAUAAUUGAUGAUAAAGCGAACAUCAAAAGAAGGGAUGAUGAGGAAUUAUGUUUUGCGAUAACCCAUGUCCCGUUACGAAUUGGACAAACUCUUGUAGUUCUCGUGGACGGCGAAUCCGCGGACGAUUGUAAAUCGCCAGUAUACGGCCCAAUUCCCAAUAUAUUAAAGUUCAAAGUUUUCACGGAGCGAUUGAACUCUAAAACGAAUGCAUCGAAAAUCAAUGUUAUUAGCAGCUAUAAGAACGCCGGCGGUUAUAUAAGGGUGGAAUUCGAUUUGUACAGGAAGAGGAAUGUGCAAAAAAUUCGCGAAACCCUCCGAUUUUACCAGCGACUUUCAACACUCACUCCACAAUAUGAAAGUUUGCUGCCUAGCUGGAAGCCCAACAUCCAUCUUCCGCCGGAUUAUUUUGCUUACAUCUCUAGAAGGCCGCCAGCCGAGGACAGUGAUGAAAAGAAUGAAGAGGAAGAUAGUUAUGGGAGCUAUAUGCUCAUCCUCUCAUGCGUCCCGAUUGUCCUAUUUGGGACGAUAAUAUCGUGCUACUUGGUGCUAACACCUCGAGGAGGAUUAACAUUCCUCGAUGAGGAUAUCGACUAUUCCAUUAGUAUCUCCUCGUUCACUGAGGAAGAUAUUCGAACGGCGAUGGAGGAAAGCCAUAAGAAGCGAAUCGAGGAUUCGCGCGGUUCUAAAGAAGCCUCGAAGAAAAACAAUUCAAUCAAAACCGAUGUCACAAUGGAAUCGACGAUGCAAAAUGAUGAAACGCUUCGACUUCCUGUUAAAACUGUUGCUGAUACUGCAAGUCUUUUGAGCAAAUAA